AAUUUAGAGUUUUAAUUUGGCGGUUCCGUCACACCAAUCAGAUGACCAGCUGACAAGCUCAAGGCCACUCUCUCCCGGGGACCUGCUCAUCUCCAAGAAUGGCGUAUUCGCUCUCGGCUUCUUCUCCCCGGUCCGCUCCAACGAGAGCCUGUAUGUUGGGAUUUGGUUCCACGGCAUCCCCGAGCACAACCGCACCAUAGUGAGGGUCGCCAACCGCGACAACCCAACCGCCACCUCUUCAGCCCCGACGCUUGCCAUCAGCAACAGCUCUGACCUAAUGCUGUACGAUUCCAAAGGCCAAACUAUCUGAAAAACAAAGAACAUCAUCGCUGCCAACAACAGCGGCGCUUUCCUGGUGCUGCUCGACACGGGGAACCUGGUACUCCAACUGCCUAACACAACGGUCAUAUGGCAGAGCUUCGAUUACCCAACUGACACCAUCCUCCCAGGAAUGGAGUUCUUGUUGAUCCACAGGGCUCGUGCGGCGGCUCGCCUGAUUUCUUGGAGGAGCCCUGAUGACCCAUCCACCGGAGACUUCUCGUUCGGCCUCGACCCCGUCUCGAACCUCCAGUUGAUCAUUUGGAACGGGACAAAGAUAUACUGCCGCAUCAGCGUGUGGAACGGUGUACUGGGCGGCAUGUACCCAAGCAGCCCCAGCUCCAUGGUGUACCAGACCAUCGUCAACAAAGGGGAUGAGUUCUACCUUGAAAUUGUGGUCUCCGGCGGCUCACCAUACUCGCGGAUCAUGCUCGAUCACACAGGCACCAUGAAGCUCCUGACCUGGGAGAGCAAUUCAUCAGCAUGGACGGUGAUCUCUGCGCGCCCUGAAGGCAGCUACGGCCUUUAUGACUCGUGUGGCCCGAACAGCUACUGCGACUUCACUGGGGCUGCCCUGGCAUGCCACUGCCUCGAGGGCUUUGAGUCCGUAGGUCUCAACUCUUCCAGAGGAUGCCGGAGAACAGAACCGCUGCAGUGCAGCAAGGGAAGUCACUUCGUGGCCCUGCCCGGGAUGAGAGUUCCUGACAAGUUCGUGCUCCUCCGGAACAGAACCUUUGAGCAGUGCACGGCCGAAUGCAGCCGGAAUUGCUCGUGCACUGCCUAUGCUUACGCCAACUUGAGCAGUGCCGUGGUAGACCAGUCAAGGUGCUUGGUUUGGACCGGGAAGCUUGUCGAUACAUGGAAAAGCAGCAACUAUGGCGAGGAGCUAUACCUCAGGCUUGCCAACCCUCCUGUUAAAACGAAGACCAAUCUAGUAAAGAUUGUACUCCCGGUUAUAGCAUGCCUGCUGCUCCCCAUAUGCAUAGCCCUUGUCUGCAUAUACAAAUUCAAAGCAGGUAAAUGGCGAAAAGAGGAAAUUCAGAAGAAACUGAUGCUAGGAUACUUGGGCAACUCCAAUGAACUUGGAGACAAAAAUGUAGAAUUUUCAUUUCUUAGCUUCGAUGACAUUGUUGCUGCAACCGACAAUUUCUCUGACUGCCAUAUGCUUGGAAGAGGAGGCUUUGGCAAAGUUUACAAGGGAAUGUUGAAAGGUGGCAAAGAAGUUGCUGUCAAAAGGCUUAGUCAAGGUUCCGGGCAAGGUAUUGAUGAAUUCAGAAACGAAGUAGUUCUACUUGUCAAACUACAGCACAGAAACCUAGUUAGACUACUUGGUUGCUGUAUUCAUGAAGAAGAGAAGUUACAGAUCUACGAAUACUUGCCCAACAAAAGCCUGGAUGCCUUCCUUUUUGACAAUUCAAGAAAACAUGUGCUCGAUUGGCCAAUACGGUUCAAAAUAGUUAAAGGAGUAGCAAGAGGCCUUCUAUAUCUCCACCAAGAUUCAAGAUUAACAAUAAUUCAUAGAGAUCUUAAAGCAAGUAACAUCCUGUUGGACACAGAAAUGAGUCCCAAAAUAUCUGAUUUCGGUAUGGCAAGAAUCUUUGGUGGAAACCAGCAACUAGCAAACACUACCCGUGUUGUUGGGACAUAUAAAGUAAUUCAUGUUCUGUUCAAUGCUCAAUAAUGCAACUAUUAUACUCAAGUCUAAUUCAAAUUGUUCUUCCUUUAAUGUUGAAAUACUGUUUAAGCAGUGGUUACAUGUCUCCUGAAUAUGUGACGAGUGGUGCAUUUUCUGUCAAAUCGGACACAUAUAGCUUUGGUGUUCUUCUUUUGGAGAUUGUAAGUGGCUUGAAGAUCAUCUCAACUCAAUUCAUAUCGGAAUUCCCAAACCUU